ACUCCUCCAAAAAUGGGUGUGGCGGAGGGCUAGACACACCUUUACUUCAUGCCCGCCCCAUGUUCGUUUCGCUCCCAACACAGACAGCAACGGGUUAAAGGAGGCUGCGCUGCCCAGCAUUUCAUCAGACGGAGACCCUUGUUUCAGUGAACGAGUUUGAACUUGGUCCUAUCGUCUGCCUGUUCGCUCGCUGCACCGCGCAUCACUAGUAGUCGACUGUUGUAGCGUACCUAGACUGGCUACUAUCGUUUCUCUUUCUGAGCCAAAGCAAGCGGAGAGGGAAGGUAUCCACCUGCCACUGAGACACAUCUAAGCAUGGAUGCUCUGAAAUCAGCUGGAAGAGCGAUUAUCAAGAGUCCCGGAGUUCCGCGGCACACAUGGGGCACCUCCAAGCACGAAAAGCUGCCAGAGAACUGGACAGACACCAAGGAGACUCUAUUGGAAGGGAUGGUGUUCCAGGUGAAGUACCUGGGGAUGACUCUGGUGGGACAGCCUAAAGGAGAGGACAUGGCUGCUGCCGCUAUACACAGGAUAGUCUCUACGGCCCGGGCCAGUGCUAAGAAGUUCCGUAAGGUGACCCUGACCAUCUCUCCUAAAGGAAUCAUCAUCACAGACACAGAGACACUGGACCUCAUAGAGAACGUCUCCAUAUACAGAAUCUCUUACUGCACAGCAGAUAAAACUCAGGACAAGGUGUUUGCCUACGUUUCCCAGAGUCAGUUCAAUGAGACACUUGAGUGCCACGCUUUCCUCUGCCACAAGAAGAAGAUCGCCCAGGCUGUGACGCUAACAGUAGCCCAGGCCUUCAAAGUAGCUCUGGACCUGUGGGAGAUUGCUCAGGAAGAUAAAAGUAAGAAGGCCAGGACGUGCUGCUCGUGUUCUGUCAGCGAUGGACAGACAGAGACGACAAACACACACUGUGUCUCAGACUCAGAGAAGCACCAGCCCCUGGAGAAGGAAGAGAAACUGAGACGGCCAUUCUUCUCCAUGUCGUUCAGCUCGCCCCGCAACAAACCCACCCGGAAACGACCAAUCAAACACGACUCCUGGGACGUGGAGGACGGCCUCGAUGACGCCUUCUCAAGCAACAUGGAGGUAGAAGAGAUGGACACUGGUAAGUGAGCCUGGCAGAGUCCAGGUCCGGACAGCAGUCUAAGGAUGCAGCUCUGAACCACUUAGAGGAAGACACCACCCCCCUAGAGGAAGACACCACCCCCCCUAGAGGAAGACAACCCCCCCCUAGAGGAAGACAACCCCCCCCCUAGAGGAAGACACCACCCCCCCUAGAGGAAGACAACCCCCCCCUAGAGGAAGACAACCCCCCCCUAGAGGAAGACAACCCCCCCCUAGAGGAAGACAACCCCCCCCUAGAGGAAGACACCAUCCCCCCUAGAGGAAGACAUCACCACCACCCCCCCUAGAGGAAGACAUCACCACCACCCCCCCUAGAGGAAGACACCACCCCGCUAGAGGAAGACACCACCACCAC